CGGCGGCGGUCAACUUCAAUCGAAACCCAGACCUGGUCGUCGAGGUUCACAGUCAGCUUUUGUGCUCCCGAUCGGCCCGAGCCGACUUCAGUCACUGAGAGACGGUUAUCGAGCACGGACGUGCUUUUUUUCGUUGUUGUUCGGCUGCGCAACCUAAAGUGUGGUUGGCUCGUGAAUACGCAAGGAGUGUUGUGAGCUACACGAACUAUUUGUUACGGCGAAUCGGUUCUAAUGCAGAUGCAGCAGUGUGUAAAGGGUGAAGUUUUGAAAAGGGGUGAAACGGUGUAAACUUCGGAAAUCUAAGUCCCCUUUGCUGUGCGGGACGCGAAACGUGCAGUUUCAGCAAGCCAAUAUACAAUGAAUGUUGUUUAGAAGAGUUGUGUGGAGUUGUGUGAGCAAGAAACGGUUAUAUUGUCGUGAGUGUUACUCGUAAAUCAACUGGAAAUCUAGCAGAAAUCAACCAUGGCACCGCCAACCAAGUGCCUCAACUUACUGGGAUUAACGCUGACAGUGCUGGCGAUCGGAGCGGUCCGCGCUGUCGAUGAGCUCAAGUGUGAACUGAUCACGGUUUCUGCGUGCCAAAAUUUGGUGUACAACAUGACGGUGGCCUCGGCUCCGAUGGCCAUGACCAACGGUUCCGGAAACUCGACCAGCGGCGAUCACAGCGAAUCCACCGGAAUCCGUUCCCAGCUCGAUGCCGAACUUCUGAUCACAUCCCUGCGACCGGUGAUCGAUUCGGGUUGCUCCAAGCAGGCCCUGUUCCUGUUCUGCUCGUCGCUGUUUCCGCUGUGCUCGGCGAACGCACCCCGGCCGGUCCAGCCGUGCCGGUCGCUCUGCGAACAGGUCCGCAAGGAUUGCUUCAGCGAUGCCGUCUUCAGCAAGCUGUGGCCCGCGUACUUGGAUUGCCGGACGCUGCCCCAGCCCGAGAACCACGGAUUGUGCAUGCAGGUCCCCCCGGAAGCCUCCGGAAGCGUCGAGAAGAACUUUACGAACCCAUCGGUGGCGCCACCUGCACCGCUGAAACCCUGGUCCAUCUUCAACCUGCCCCAACUCCCAUUAAUCGAACCGGGAGCGACUCGUCCAACGCAGCAGCACCAUCACCACAACUCCCAGCAGCAGCACACGGUCAUCGUUCCGGUGGGCUGCCCGGCAAACUACACCCUCGAGUACGACCAGUGCGUGCCCAAGUGCGGCCCGUCCAUCGACGCCAUGUACACCGGCCGGCAGAAGGAGACCGUCGAGUUCUGGACACUGAUCCUGUCCGCGGGCUGUUUCAUCUUCACACUGAUGUCGCUGGUGACGUUCUGGACCAAGGCGACCAAGUUCGAGUACCCGGACCGGCCGCUACUGUUCAUGACCUUGUGCUACAACCUGAUGGGACUGUGCUACCUGGAGCGAACGAUCCUGCAUAACCCGCGGAAGGAGCUGAUCGACCUGAUGGAGUUCCGACAGGACUGUACCAUCACCUCGCAAUGUCUGGCGUAUUACAUCAUCAAGAAUUACCUGUUGAUCAGCGCCACGAUGUGGUGGCUCAUCUUUGGAGUUUGCUGGUACCUCAGCACCGCCAAGCAGUGGUCCUGUGAAGCUUUGGAGAAGAAGUCCGGACUGUUCCACGUGAUGGCUUGGGUUGUUCCGUUUGCAUCGCCCAUCAGUGCGUUGCUCCGCGGAAACAUCCAAAAGUUUGAACUGACCAACUUUUGCACCGCCAAGGGAUUCACCGAGAUUCCAGCACUCAUCCUGCUGAUCGUUGGUGCCGUCCUGAUCUUCCUGGCUUUGGUUGCGCUGAAACGCCUCAAAUCAACCUGGAACCAGAGCGAAACGCUGUCGAAGGUCUUCACCCGGGUGCUUCUCUUCGCCAUCAUCUACCUGAUUCCGGCCCUGUCCGCACUCAUCUGUACGUUCUUCGAGCGCAUCGAAAACCCGGUGGAACCGUGCAACUCCAACACCAUUUGUGCACCACCACCCAAGUUCUCAAUCCUGCCAACGCUGCUCAAGUUGAUCCUCACCCUGGUCGGCGGAUCCACGACCGGCAUCUGGCUGUGGUCCAAGCAGUCGACGGACCUCAACAAAAAGUCCUCCCUGGUUGGUUCCAACUCCGCCAGCGGAUCGCUCAAAGCCGUCCCACUGCUCAAGGUGAACCACCCGUCGACGGGAAGUCCCUACCGGAUGACGACCACGGCCAACGGAGGUAGCACCACCGGAGGUCACCACAGUUCCAGCUCCAAGAAGUACCUCUACAACCAGGCGUACAGCCAUCGAAGCUCCACCGGUGGCAGUGGCACAAACAACGGGUACACGCCGGUCCGGAUUCACCGGAGUCUGCGGGGCUCGUCCUCUGGGGGAUUCACCUCGUCGAUCAUCACCAGGAUAUAAAGGGUGGUGGGGGGUUUUGGAAGGUAGAAGAGGGCAAAGCUUUAUAAAUUUAGUAAUCGGAAUAGCGAACAUAUUCUCACUGUGAUAUAUAGAAGUGUAGCGAGCAAACUUGAUUUUUCGGUGAACAUCCGAACAAAAUGUGUUCUAGGCUUAGCUGUAAAUACUUGGAUUAGCGAGCAAAGUAUUGAAAUGAGUAUUUAUUUACUGUGUAAAUGAGUUAGGUUAGAAACACUACGUUAUAUUCUUGACAGAUGAAUUGAUCUUGUGUAAAAAGCGAUCAAAACUAGGACUGAUUUCUAACAGUUUAGUUUGUAAGAUGUACAUAUUGAUUUUUGUAUUUUCUAACGAAAAUCUUACUGAAUAAUAACACAUAAAGAAAAAUUAAA